UUUCAUUGCACCAGUCACAUGCUGAGCCCAACAAAAUCAGCUUCAAACUUUGGCUUGAACUCCACAAAAAGCCACUCAGAUCAAGAUCUUUGCUGUAGGCUGAGGUGUGGAGCAAUGAUGGGGUCCUUUCAGGUUGCUGUGGUCGUACUCUGUCUGCUGUCUGUAGGACGGUCAGCACCGGUGACCGACUGCAACAGUUUGCUCCAACCCAUCGAAAUCCAAGGAAGAGAGCAGUUGCUCGGCAGAUGGACAAUGUUAGCAGAAUCCACAGAUAUGCCUGGAUCCAAACUUCUAACCAAGAUGUUUGUGGAGAGUGCCUGGGCAAGACUGAGUGCUGCUAAUGAAAGUGAUGCCAUCGAUGUUUUUCAGUCUCAGGAAAUGCAGGGAAACUGCAUCACACUCAGAUCCAAAGCGACCUUGAACAACAACACUCUCUCCUCAGGGACACCUUUGAAUUCUACUGCAAGGCUGCUGUCUACUAGCUGUCCUGACUGCCUUGUUCUGAAAUCACAGUAUUUCCUUGGACAGAGCAUGUACAGCGGUGCCCAGCUCCUAACCAAGAGAGCCAAGGUGAGCAAUCCAGAACUGGAAGAGUUUAAGAAGCAGGUUCAGUGUCUGAACUUACCACCACCUGUGAUACUGAACAGAGGAGAAGGUCUCUGCACAGAAGAAUCUUCAAUGGACACUGAUUUAACCCAGGACUUGGCAAACACAGACCCUAAAGUUUUCAGCAUGCUGGACCAAGUUCUCAAAAGUGACAAAGGGAUAGAUACGCUUGUUGAUUUAAUUUCCAGUGGAAUAUCAGGUUUACAAAACAACUAAAUGAUCACAUCAUGUGAGAGGAGGACAUUUCUGACCUGAGAAACUUGACACAAUAAAAUGAUAGUAAUAAAGA